UCGAAACAUCCCGAUGAUGAAGUCGAAACCUUCUACGAGGAAGUAGAGAAAGCGUAUUUAGAAAACCCAUGUCACUUUACAAUUAUCAUGGGUGACUUUAACGCCAAAGUCGGACCUCCUCUGGCAAACGAGACAUCGGUUGGGCAGUUUGGACUAGGAACUCGGAAUGCAAGAGGACAAACCCUUGUAAAUUUCAUCGAACAACACCAGCUAUACGCUAUGAAUACUUUCUUCAAAAAGCGACCAUCGAGGAAAUGGACUUGGAUUAGUCCUGAUGGCAGGACAAAAAACGAGAUCGACUACAUUGUCUGCUCCAACAAGUCGAAUAUUACCGAUGUUUCAGUUCUCAGCCGCUUUAAGACCGGUAGUGACCAUCGUUUAGUGAGAGCCACGUUCAGGUAUAACCUGUCCAAAGAAAGAGAGAAGAUGUUCCUGAGGAAACCGCUUAAGUAUGAGGCGGCGGACUACAAGUUCCUCCAAAAAGAAUUCCAACUAGAACUCCAAAACCGAUUCGAUGGACUAAAGGAAGAGAACCAGGACGUGGACUCACUAAACGAAUCAAUCUGCCGUGUCGUAACAGAAACCACCAAGGUGGGAGAAAAGCGAGGGAGGAAAAAUUAA